CGAUUUUACUUUGUAUGUAUUAGCUAUUUCCUGAUGUAUUACAUGUAUUAUAAUGAUUCUUUGAAUAAUUUACCAAACAAUAUUUGCUUAAUUUAUAGUAGUAUUUUUAAAAAUAUCUGCUUCUACGAACUAUUCAUACGAUUUCGAUAACCCAUUCAGAUAUCCCACAAUACAUCAGUGACUGAAGUUUAUCGCCAUUUUUCAUUGAGUGCGGUGGCGCAGAAAGAGAUGCAGAUAGAAACGCCCGUAAAGUAUAUUGCAGCUAUCAUUUUGUUUUGAAGUCCAUUGAAUUCUUUUCUUCAUGAAUCCCCCUGCAUGCAGGGGUAACGACAGCAGAGAUUGGGCGCAUCGCGAGCAAGCACGUUAAGGUGCCCCCGGCGUCUCACAAAGCUCCGGCGUCUCAGGGCAGUGAGAAGGGCUCGCUCACGAAACAGAAGGGUGGUAAGCGAACGGGACAUAAGAAAGGUGCAAAUGGAAUGAUGAAUCACCUGGGUGAACAAGAUAAGAAGGACGAGCAAGACCGGGUGCAGAACCUUGACGAGACAGAGGAGAUGGAAACGCAAGAGGCACCAGGCGUAGAACUUCAGCCGGAGUUGGUCUCGUCAAAUCACGACUCGCCUGAUGUAGGCAAUAGGUCACCGGCAAAAGGCGGCAAAGAAGAUGACAACAGUGCGGUUGUGAAUGGCGACAUGGCAAUGGACGCACAGGAUGAAAAUCCAGACCCUGAUGAAGAGUGGUUAGAACAAGAUGGGAGUCGGUCACAGGCAACAUUCAGUUUUACGGUAGAGAAUAUCAGCAAGCUGAAGGAGACCGCUCUCAGUCAACCAACUAUCGUCAGGAAUCUGCCAUGGAAAAUUAUGGCAAUGCCUCGGUCCAGCCACAAUGAGCGCACAACGAAGAGCCUGGGAUUCUUCUUGCAGUGUAACGCCGAUUGUGAUUCCCCACAAUGGUCAUGUCAUGCAGCUGCAGACCUUAUACUGAAGAACCACAAGAAGGACAAAGAAGAUCACGUAAAAAGAAUCACUCAUGUUUUCUACAAUAAGGAAAAUGAUUGGGGAUUUGGACAUUUCAUCUCAUGGCAGGAUUUGCUUGAUCCAGAGAGGGGGUUUGUGGUGGAUGAUUCUAUCGACCUAGAGGUCAAAGUGUUCGCUGAUGCUCCUCAUGGUGUAAGCUGGGAUUCCAAGAAGCUGACAGGCUAUGUUGGUUUAAAGAACCAGGGUGCUACCUGUUAUAUGAAUUCUUUACUACAAGCGCUUUUCUUCACAAAUAAGUUAAGAAAAGCAGUGUACCUAAUGCCAACAGAGAGUGAUGACUGUUCCAAGAGUGUACCAUUAGCAAUGCAAAGAGUGUUUUAUGAGUUGCAGUACAGUGACAAGGCAGUAGCCACAAAGAAACUUACAAAGUCUUUUGGUUGGGAAACAUUAGAUUCCUUCAUGCAACAUGAUGUUCAGGAACUGUGUAGAGUGCUGUUAGAUAAUAUGGAAUCCAAGAUGAAGGGAACGUGUGUAGAAGGUGUGAUGCCAAAACUCUUUGAAGGAAGAAUGUCUUCCUAUAUCAUGUGCAAACAUGUUGACUACGUGUCUACCAGGAUAGAAUCCUUUUAUGAUAUCCAGAUGAAUAUCAAAGGCAUGAAAGAUGUAUAUGAAUCAUUUCAUGAUUACAUUGCCAAAGAGAAUAUGGAGGGAGAAAACAAGUACGAUGCGGGGGAAUAUGGUCUUCAGGAGGCUGUGAAAGGUGUCCUGUUCUCUUUAUUACCACCAGUACUUCAUUUACAACUCAUGCGGUUCCAGUACGACCCUCAUACAGAUUCCAAUGUUAAAAUCAAUGACAGGUAUGAAUUUCCGUUCAAGUUAGAUCUAACGCCAUUUUUGAGCGAUCCAGAAGAAACGCCUUCAACGUAUACAUUGCAUGCCGUUCUUGUUCAUAGCGGCGACAAUCACGGUGGACAUUAUGUAGUCUUCAUUAACCCCAAAGGAGAUGGAAAGUGGUGCAAGUUUGACGAUGAUGUGGUGUCCCGAUGUACCAGGCAGGAAGCCAUCGAUAACAACUUUGGAGGGAAUGACGACGACCUUUCAGUUCGACAUUGUACAAAUGCUUACAUGUUAGUGUAUAUAAGAGACAGUUGUUUAGAUGACAUUCUUCAACCAGUGACAGAUGAAGAUAUACCAGACACAUUACAAAAAAGGAUACAAGAAGAAAGGAAAUUAGAGAUACAACGAAGGAAGGACAAAUCAGAAGCACAUUUAUACAUGCUGCUACGAGUUUACACAGAGGACCAAUUCUAUGGUCACCAAGGAAACGACCUCUUUGACUCCGAGAAGAUUAAAUCUAGGGAUUUUCGUAUUCGGAAAGACUUGAAUCUUGCCGGAGUCAUGGAGCUUCUAGCAGACGCCUAUGGUUACCCAGUAGAUAAUAUGCGGAUUUGGCCAAUCAGCUACAGAACAAAUCAGACAUACAGGCCGACAACGUUAGAAGUUGAAGACGCAGAAAAAACGGUGCAUGACAUUGCCGAAAAUGAUCCGAAUUGGUUAGUAUUUUUAGAAACGGCAGAUCCCGAACAGCAAGCUGCGCUACCACAAUUUGACAAAGAUAGCGACGUCCUUCUCUUCCUCAAGAAGUACGACCCAAAGACUAAAACGAUCUCGUACUGCGGACACAUUGCCGUGUCUAUCACACAGAAGAUAUAUGAACUUAUACCAACUUUGUGUGAAAGAGGGGGUUUUCCAGAAGGAACUUCUCUAAUAAUUUACGAGGAAGUGAAGCCAAACUUAACAGAAAAGAUACAAGAUUUGAGGCUACAGUUAGACAAAGCAUUGGAUGAACUCAUGGAUGGAGAUAUCUUAGUAUUUCAAAGGGAUGACUCGGACAAUGAUCAGUAUGAGCUGGCAACAGCCAAGGAAUAUUUCCGUGACCUUUACUACCGAAUAGAGGUUGUGUUCUGUGAUAAGACAAACUUAAAUGAUCCUGGAUUUACAAUAACGUUAUCUGUCAAGAUGAACUAUUUCCAGAUAGCCAAAGCUGUUGCUGCCAAAUUAGAUACAGACCCCAUGCUGCUGCAGUUCUUCAAAGCACAGACGCAUCGUGAUGGUCCUGGACACCCCAUUCGCUGCACUUAUGAAGGUACUCUACGUGACCUCAUACUUCCUUUAAAGCCAAGAGGAAUCAAGAAACUCUAUUAUCAAAGGUUGACAAUCAAAAUCAAUGAACUUGAAAAUAAAAAGCAAUUUCGAUGUGUAUGGGUCAGCAGUAAACUGAAAGAAGAGGAGAUGGUCCUUUAUCCUAAUAAGGAUGACACAGUAGCGGGUCUACUGAUGGAGGCCAAAUCGCUGAAGCAUCACACGCUAGGCCACAAUGGCUCUGGCAAAUUAAGACUUCUAGAAGUUAUUAGUAACAAAAUUCAUCAGGUGCCACAGGAAGAUGUCUUGCUGGAAUGUCUAAAUCCAGCGGGCACAAAAACCUACAGGAUAGAGGAAAUUCCUGAGGAUCAGCUGGACUUAAAUGAGACUGAGCUGCUGCUCUGUGUUGCACACUUUCAGAAAGAAGUCUUCUCCAUGUUUGGUGUUCCGUUUCUAAUUAGGGUCCAAGAUGGUGAACCUUUCACAGAUGUUCGUGAACGAAUCAAGCAGCAAUUAGAUAUCUCAGAAAAAGAACUUGAAAAGGUCAAGUUUGCUAUUGUUGUAAUGGGUAGGGCAAACUAUAUAACAGAGGGUGAAUACAGAGUGUCAAUAAAGGACUUUAUGCCACAAACAGUUGGAGCUGGAGCUAUGCAACCGAAGCCUUGGCUUGGCCUUGACCAUGUCAACAAGAACAAGCGCUCUCGUUAUAAUUACUUUGAAAAGGCAAUUAAGAUUCUAAAUUAGGACAGAUGGCGCCCUCUGUUGAGCUGUAUUUCAUGUGCUUACUUUACCCAAGCUAGAGUUCACCACCUUGAAUGUUACCAGGAAUGCCGAAUCUGGAGAGAGUUGCCACCUGUAGACCAGUGGCCUGAAACAAGACAAAGUGCCUCGUUGGUUAUUCAAAGAAUUCAAACUCAAUGAGAUGUAGAUACAUGUAGCAAUGCUAAAACCAAGGCUUGGUAGCUCAAACACAAUAAACUACUUUAUAACUAUGGGUGUAUGAGGUGCUUAAUAAGAUGUGGUGUUAUGAAGUACCUGAUGAACCAUGGUUGCUUAUGGUAUUUUACUGAACUCGGUUGUAUAUAUUACCUGGUAAACUAUGGUUGCAUUUGGUACUAUACCUGCUUUAGUUGUAUGAGGUACCUGGUAACCCAUGUUUGCUUAUGGUAUUUUACUAGCCUUGGUUGUAUGUAUUACCUGGUUAACUAAUGGUUGCAUAUGGUACCGUACUUCCUUUGGUUGUAUGAGGUACCUGGUAACCCAUGGUUGUUGUACCUGGUAAACUAUGGUUGUGUGAGGUAACUGGUAAUCAGUAGUCUGGUGAGGUACCUGAUUGACCAUUGUUGCAUAUGGUACUUGACAACCAUGGCUUGAUAAACCAUGUUUUUAUGAGGUUCCUUGUGAACUGUGGUUGUAUGAAGUACCCACUAAAACAUUGUUGUAUCAUAUGAACCAUUAAGGUAUGAGGUAACAAUGGGUUUACAAAGUAUACAUGGGUUCAUAAGGUAUCUGAUAGAACACUGGUGUGUGAGGUACCUCAUAAUUCAAGCAUCAUGAUCCAUCUUUACUAUAUUCUUACUGAAUAUAGAUAUAGUAAAGAUCCAUCUUUAUUAUAUUCUUACUGAAAUAUACUCUGGUUACCACGAUCUGCCAACCUGAUAAACAAUGGCCUAAAUAUAAUGAAUAUGUAUCAAGUGAAGUGUUAAAAUUUAUGUAAUUUGUUUAUUUACAAAUUUCCGCAUGCAAGGAAAUGAAUCCAUAUACAAAUUAAUAUGUCAAUGUGUUAGUUUCCAUGUUUUUUAUUGAAGGUGUAAAUAUCCACUUAUAUGGGUUUAGUAUUGGUAGGGAAAUAACCUCCUUUAGGUAAUACAUUUUGUCCACAACAACUUAUUGAACCUUAGUGUUUUGAUAAUAAAUCCCAUGGAAUGUAACUUUGUAAGAACUGAUAUCUAAUCUCAUAGCUCUGUUAAGCAAAUGGUAAUGGACCGUUCUGCUAAGCCACGCCCCUUGGAUAUUGUUGCAAAGGUCCCACAUAUUCCUGGCACUGUUCUGAUUGGUCAGUUGAUUGACAUUACGGAAGGGUCCAUUGUCUUGGGUUCUUGAUGGGGAUAUAUGUUCUUUCUCCAAAAAAACACAAAAAAUCCAAUUAGCAUAAUUAAGUUUCAAUUGGACUUUACAUUGAUGACAUUUUGUCUUUAUAUCUUCUUGGCAUUUAUAGGUAAAUAUUCUGCUGACCUGAUUCCACUAUUGAAUACUCCCAGGCAAGGUAUCUAACCUGUUGGCCUGGAUUUAAUUAAAGCUUUAAUCCUUGUAGAAAGCAUAGGGUUUUGAUAGCUUGGCUGGUACUGGGUAUUGGCUCAUACAAGAAAAAAAGGGAAACUUUGUUGUACUUUGGAAUCUUAGCAGAUUUCAAGAUUAUCUUUUAAUCUGUUCAAGAUUAUCUUUUAAUCUGUUCAAGAUUAUCUUUUAAUCUGUUCAAGAUUAUCUUUUAAUCUGUUCAAGAUUAUCUUUUAAUCUGGGUACUCACUGCGCCCGACGAUCGUCGGCCGACAAAAUUCUAUGAAGUACUCAGCGUGACAACGCGCAUCCAACACAUCGUUUUUAAUGACGAUCUGUUCAGACUGCCCAGGCCAAUCAGCAGACGGCAUCACGUCUAGCGAACACGGAGCAGAGUUGGAUUGUUGUGCGAUGGUAUUACGACCGUCUUACGGCGCAUUGAUUGCCUGGCUUCAAUGUAUAUUAAAUGCAGAAUCUUCUUGUGCUUAAGGGUUCUCCAUAAGGUGUAGUCAUUUUAUAUGUUGUUAUGUAAUAUACAUGUAUAAUUGUUAAAAUUACAACUGAAUUAAUCAGUAUUUCUCCAGCUACUUAGAAAUUUCAACCUUAAGAAUUCAUAGGAACAAAAUCUUUGGAGAAAGUGAGUGUUUAAAACAUUAGUAAAUUCAUUUAAGAAAAAAGAUAUAAUAUGAUACUGAAGGUAAUUCUUUACAAAGAAAAUGCUAUAGAGGAAAAAAAAAAUGUAAUUGAACACUUCAAAAAUUGAGUUUCUAGCAUAUUCUAGAUAAGUAAAUAUAGCUUAUUCUUGUAAUUAUAUAAAAUACUUCUUUUUUCAUUAUGAAUUUUUCCUUCAUCCUACAUACUAUACUGAUUAUAUUUUAUAUAUUUAUUAAGUUUUGAUUUCUAAGAGUUUAGAGGGCGUAAGAUGCUUAUUGGUGUAUAGUUAGCUCUUUGACCUUGAAUUUGUGAAACAUAGACAGCACCAGUCAUAUUCCUCCCUCUAUUUCAAUGCUUAGCCUGUUUAUGGACCUAUUGGUCUGUUGAUUCUUCUUUUUAUAUUCAUCUGUUGGAGUUAAUAGGUUAUCUUUUCAAAAAAGUGAUCGCACCAACAACAUUUUACCAGAAUUGUUUAUAAAAUUUCAAAGAUUGUUGUUUGUAUAUUCUAAAAAAAAAUACAUAACAAGCUAAACAAUAAUCUCAAUGAUCUUAUUCUGAUCUUUGUAGAAUGUGUUCUUUUUGUUUUUUUAAGUUUAUUGGUGAGUUGAAGCAUAAUGAAAACAUUUAUAAUCAAUAACUUGGGGUAAAGUUGUUGAAAACGAUGUGAAUUGUAUAAAUAGAUAAUAAAUGAAUAAAAGGCAAGUGAAAUGCAUUCAACACAUUGGAUGCCUUGAAAAUCAAUCUGGCUAUCUGAAA